CAACUCCAACCUCAUCUCCACACGUCCCUCCCUUCAACCCUCCAAAACCUCCUAAACCUCACCCUCCACAUCUGUCCCACAGCCACAGACAAAAUGACAAUAGACUCCAACUCCCACCCAUCAACCUUUCAGUCAACCUGGCGCCACAACCCGGACCCCACCGCCCUCCCCUUCCCCCGCGACAACCCCCCCUUCCAACUCACCGCCAUCGACUGGCAACAGCUCUCCCUCACGGACUCCCAAUUCACGGCACACACCUGGUCGGAUCUCCACUCCCUUAUCUCCACAAACCAACUCGACGAACUCAAGCGCUGGCCCUCAUUCCUGAAAGCCUAUCUCGCAUGGACGGCGCACGUCAAAGCCGAAUAUGGAAGCGCAACCCAGUAUCUCCUCCAACAACGGCUAUUCUGGACACCGUUGUCAGCGACCGGACCGCUGCGGUUUGAGUUGAAGAACGAGGUGCCGUUCGCAGACGAAGCGGAUUUUAGAAUAUUGAAAAAUGACUGGAGCUAUGCGGUCACGCCUGGCAUUUCGCAUAUUGUGGUGUGGCUCAAGCAGCCGCUUUCGGUAGACGGGGAGGGUGCGUUGACGAUCGAGGGCAGGAAGCAGGUGGAUGAUUUUGUGAGGGCGAGGUUUAGGGUUCCAGCCGGGGAGGAGAAGGAGGGGGAGAAAGUGCAGUGGUUUAAAAAUACGACCAAUUUGCAGAGUGUGCGGAGUUUGGAACAUUUGCAUGUGUUGGUUAGGGAUGUGCCUGAGGAGAUCCUGAAGACGUGGAUGAAUUAGGGAGGGGUGGAGAGUUUGGGAAGGUGUAUGGAGGAAGCGGCGGAUUUGCCUAGACCAU